AUGGCUGCGAACGUUGUGGCGCCCCACGCGGCCCACACCGAGCGAGAGUACGUCCAUGGCAGUGAGGACGCCCGCACUGGGACGUUCACGGCCGACAACAUGCCCCAGGGCGCGGCGCGCAUCGUCAACGCCGUGCGCGACCUCAUGAGGGCGCGAUACAUGCAGGACUUCUGCGAGGUGAUGCCCAUCCUCUCCAGGGACGUCGUCUGGGAUGUGCCGCCGAUCCUGACCAGCCGCAAGGGCCACAUGCGUGUGGCGGCCUACCUGGCCAAGUUCACGGGCAGCCUGGACUUUGAGCCGGCCCUCGUCAACGUGAAGCGCCUGGACGGCAACCGCCACCUCGUGGUGGGCAUGGGCUGGGUGGGGGACAGCCCGCUCCUGGGCUCUUGUCACACAGGCGAGGCGGCAAGCUGGCCGUCUGUGUAG